CGGCAUCCGUACAGGCGAGGUUUCGACAUUGAUUUGUGGCGGCGGGUGAUAGCUGUGGGAUCCGUGCAAGGGACGGCCCCUGGUUACUGGGGGGAUGGGGGCAAAUUGAUCGCCAUCUUUGAGAACGCGGGGCAUGCGCAUCGCCAUCUUAUCCCGGUCAUAAUUAGAGGCGUGGCCCGUGACGUCACGACACUACCCCCCCCCCCCGCCAUUCGAAUGGGUAACUGAGGUGCUCUCGGGAUGCAAUGACAGAUGAGGUGCAACUCAAGGACUUGCACCUGGAGCAGGAGGAGGCAACUCAGCCCCAACAUUCACUGUGGUCAUGGCUUAGGUUCACUAUCGACACAUGCACAGGCAGAAUUUCACCCUGUGAUCUCCAAGAGAGACAGAAGAAGACAAUGGACCCUGAAAGGCCACCAGAACCUGUCGGUGCGAUUCCUGCGGAGAGUAAAGAGGAUCCAAAGAAGGUGGAUUCUGAACAGGCACUGUCAGCAGAACCCGAGCCAGAGUUUGUGGACAUCAAAGGAGAUCAGGAGGUGCAGAACAGGACAAAGGAAGGUGAAAGACCACCCUCAGAGCCACAACUCAAGGCAAUAGAAGAAAAGGAUGUCCAGAGAGGAGACUCCAACGAAUCAUCUAAACAAGAUCCGUCAGAGUCGCUUCAUUCUUCAGCAUCAGGGUAUCAUCGUCCAUUGAACGUGGAAGGAGAAAUGUUUGUUUGUUCUGUAUGUGGAAAACAAUUUAAAACAUUAGUGUGGAUGGAAAAGCACCGAGACACACACACGAGAGGACGAGUGUUCCAGUGCUCUGACUGUGGAAAGAGUUUUACCCAGUUGCAUAGCCUGAGAAAUCACUGCAACAUUCACAGCCAUGAGAAACCAUACACCUGCUCUAUAUGUGACCGGACGUUCAGUGGGUCAGAUAGCUUGAUGAUGCACAAGUGCAAUGACACAGGUGAGCAACCCUAUAAAUGUGGUGUCUGUGGGAAGGGAUUCAGUUAUCCAUCAAAGCUGGAGACCCACUGGCGCAGUCACACAGGGGAGAGGCCCUUUAGUUGCUCAGUGUGUGGAAAGAGAUUCACUCAGACAUCCAACCUCCUGACUCACCAGCGCAUUCACUCUGGUGAGAGACCUUUCACCUGCUCGGUGUGUGGAAAGGGAUUCACUGGUUCGUCCAACCUGCAGAUACACCAGCGCACUCACACGGGAGAGAGGCCGUUCAAUUGCUCCCUGUGUGGGAAGGAAUUUACUCAAGCGUCCAGUUUGCUUACCCACCAGCGCAUUCACACCGGGGAGCGGCCAUUCACUUGCUCCAUGUGUGGUAAGGGAUUCACUCGAUCCUCGCACCUUCUGACCCACCAGCGCAUUCACACUGGGGAGAGGCCCUUCACCUGCUCUUUGUGUGGGAAGGGAUUCACUCGCUCAUCGCAUCUGGUAACGCACAGGCGGGUUCACACUGAUGACCGGCCAUUUAAAUGCUCUGAGUGUGGAAAGACAUUCAAGGGCUCUGAAGAACUUAUGAAACACCAACGGAUUCACACUGAUGAAAGACCUUGUGGUUGUACCCUCUGUGGGAAGAGGUUCAGGCAGCUGUCGCACUUACUUACUCACCAGCGAGUUCACACUGGGGAGAGACCAUUCAGCUGUUCCAUAUGUGGGAAAGAAUUUACUCAGUCCUCCCAUCUUCUGAGGCACCAGCGACUUCACAGUGGGGAGAGGCCUUUUAUCUGCUCCACGUGUGGUAAGGACUUCACGCAGUGGGCAGAUUUGCUGACACAUCAGUGCACGGCCACCAAUCAUGCACAGCCAAACACAGAACCUAUGGUCUUACUUCAGUUCCAGGUAUAACUUUGUUCAUUAUCGGCAUGGUCAAGAUUGUUUAAAGAACCCAGACGUGCUGAAAGUCACCAUAUGAAUGCAAUUCUUUUGUUCAGAUCCAACAAGUUGUAUUUCUGCAGUGCCUGUGAUGUUUAAUAAGAUUCCAAGGUCCUCAUAUUCAACAAGCACUGAAUAAUUAAGAGAGAGAGAUUAGAAGGCCUCAAAAUAAACUUUUAUUAAGGAGCAUUUUGUUUAAGAUGUGUAGGAUCCCCAUGCCUAAAAGGCAGGACCCCAGUCAUGGAGCAAAGGAAGGUGGAGCAGAAUCAGGAAUGGAGUAUCCGUAGGAAAAUGUAACAGGAAGUGUAGAGACUGGGGCAGUGUUAGCACUAAUACAGUGAAAUGUUUUAGUUUGGGAAGGCAGUGGAAAUCAAUAAUAAAUGUAGAAUUAAGGAGGAAACUUUUUCAUUCACCACCAUGAGAAUAUCACCAAUCAACGUGAUUUCAGAAGAGGUUAAUCCUAUCAUUCUCGUGUAUGCCCCUCUGUGGGAUGAUGUUUUCCCCGAUUCCUGGCACGGUGUAAAUACAAAUUGUUGGAAGUUCCUGAUGCUAAUUUCUUCAAGUUAAGUGAUUCUGAUAACUGAACAAUGCAAUAUACCUCGACUUUCAGGUUGUUGUCAAAGUAACACAUGCAAGGCAUCAUGUAAAGAACAAAACCAUGGGAUUUCCUGACAGACAUUGGGGCUCAUUGGAAGAGUUGUCACGCUGUGAGAAGUUCUGAAUGGGUUCUUCUGAGCUGCAAAUUGGGACCAUUGUUGCUGCUAUUUUCAAUCAAUUAUUUGAUUCAAAAUGUCAGUGCAACAUGGUGGAAUUCCAGAUAACAAUGACCUACACGGUUCAGUAAAAUCCAAGAUGCCAGUUGAGAAUUGGCAGUAACAAUAGGUGAUAGAUCAUGGAUGAAUGUAUGGGUAGGUAGAAUAUGGAAUUUGGUGAAAACAAGUAACCCAGCAAUGUACAUAUUAUGGAGAAAAUUGUGUUUUAAAAUUAAAGAAAGACCGAAAAUUAAACUCAAAUGUGUCCAACAAAAGCACAAUAGGUAAGAUGUUGAUCUCCAGAGCCCAAAAGAGGCAAGUGCUCUGUCUGGUCAGACCACACCAUAAGUCCUUUGACCAGUUCAAACUUUGGCAGCACUGAGUUCUUGCUUUAGUGUCAGAUGGCUGCUCUAUGAGGAAAUAAGGAAAAUAGCUUGAGAGUGUGGUGUUUCCAAUCAGGUAGGAAGGAAUCUAAAUAUGUUGAUGUUUUAAAGGACAAGCAGCAUAUGGAUUUGCAGGAUUAACAGAACUUUAGAAGGGAUCGAGGUUCUUUAACAUGAAGCUACUGACAGGCCAACCCACCCAGAUCAAACAAGAGGUGAAAGCUUGCAAUAGUCACUGUAAGAAGUCCUCCCCACCCAUAACUCUCCAGGAGCUAGAUUCUACUGUUGGACUAAACAGCAUCAUUCUGGCCAUUGGGGAUGGUUUUGGUUGAUGCCAUUAACUCCUAACUGGAUUGAAGAAUUCAUGUACUGGGUAUAGAAUGGAUAAAUCAGUUUUCUUUUGAGCACCGUCCGAUCCUCGAUCUCUCCGGUAAAGCUGAGAAAACAGCGACAAACAAAAGGAGGAACUGCAGCUGUGGUGUUGUGUAUAAUAUAAGCAACUUGUCAGGGGUAAAGGGGAGAGUGAGGUAGGUACUACUGUAAAGGAGGCAGUGCAGAGACUAAUAUGGGCUAUUACUUAGCAGGAGGCUUUGAACGUCCCAUGUGGAAGCUGGCCAGUACAGAUAUCAGUACUAACAUCCAUCCAUGUUGUGAAUGUAUUUGUGGCACAAGAUAACACAAUGUAGAUAAAGGUGAAGGUUUGAGCAGGAGCCAUCAAUUCAAUGCAAUUGAAGAAGGAUCAAUGGAUUGAUGUUAACAAUAACAGCCUAGUAUGGAAGCAGUAUGUCUGGUUUCUGUUACAAAUAUCUUGGAAAAAGUGUAACUGUUGUGCAAGUUUUUUUAUUGUCGACUGGUAAGACAUGAAAUCUAUUACUUUCCAGUCAUGAUGUAGCAUAUUCUGUACCUCACUGUCAGCUGGUGCAGUAGCAUAUAAAAGAAUCCCAUGACAAUAUCUUGGGAUUGAAUGUUCAGACCAAGCCACCGGAUAUUGCAUAGAAACUAAUUGUAAAUAUGAACUGUUUUUAGUAGUUUUGUACACAGUGCUGACGGCUCGCUUGAGAUGGAAGUUCACAUGCUCCAAUGGAUAUCCUGUUUGUAAGCAUUUAGGCAUAUAGAUUGCUUGUACUUUGUCUAUUCAAUAAACCAAGUUGAUUUAACUUUGGCGUUAAAACCUCAAUGAUUUGUUUUACUUGGCUCACCUGAUGUGUUGGAGGAUAUGAUAUGAAAUUGGCAGGGAGAAUUGAGACACUGAAUGGUGCUCUUAGAAUAAGAGAAGAUAAAAGCCAAAGAGCUGUGUAGAGAUCGAUAACAACAAAAAAUUACUGGGAGGGAGUUGGUUUUGGCAACAUUUGCAUGUGUUGUCCAAGAUAUUGGAAGGAAAGUUGAGAACCUGGCCAAAUUAAAGUUUUACGCACAAAUGCAAUGCAAAAAGAAACCAGGAAAGUUGAAGAUGAGAUUUAGAUCAGAAUACAGUGGAAUAAGCAUCAGGGACACCUACAGAUUAUUUAUAAAUGAAG